AUGGCGAAGAGGAGGUCGAGGAAGGCACCGCCGCCGCCCAAGAAGGUGCAGAAGGUCCCCACGGCCUUCGACUUCCCCUUCUGCAGCCACACCGGCAGCGUCCAUUGCAGCAUCGAUCUCAAGAAGGACAUGGUCGCCGUGGCGGCGUGCGGCGUCUGCAAGGAGGUUUACACCACCGUCGCCAACGCGCUCACGGAGCCUAUCGACAUCUACUCUGAGUGGAUCGACGAGUGCGUGAAAGCCAACGAGGGCGUUGACGUCGACAGCCGCUGA